AUGGAGCCGUUUGAUGACAAGGUCCAAGUCCUCACCCGGAGCAACCUGAGCAAGAGCCUUGGAAAUCUGAACCAGUGUGCCAGGAGUCCCGAGAUGAUGCUGAAGGAUUCCUACAGCAAACUCUACAAUGACAAAAUCAAGAAGUUUAUGAGGGCUGAUUUGCUCGGUGCUGAAGAGGGCUGUGAGAGCGGUGACAGCGGUGAGCCAACUGUAGCAGGCCCUUCCAAGGUCAGCCUAAAGCAAGACAUGAGGUUGCCUCGCCUUGGAGUUGACUUUGGACUUCUGAAAACCAGGACUCUGAGCACAGAUGUUAAUGCUGAUUCAGAAUCUGAUGAUGCAACAUUUUCGGCCAGAACAGCUGGAGAAUUAACAGACGGCAGCAAUUUGAACCUUCCACCGUUGGGACUCGGCUUGAGUGGGACUGCUCCAAGUGUAGCUCAGGUACCCAGACCUAAAAUCGAUGCUAGAAGUCCACAACUUAAUGCUCCAGACUUUCAUCUGUCUGGAACAUUACCAGAGGGGCCAAAUGUAAACAAUACAGCUGGUGUACAACUGCCAAACACUGACAUUCCAUCAGUUGACUUGACAAUGCCAAAUCGUGAAAGACGUCAUACUGGACUGGAAGGCAAAGGAACUUUUGGAACUCCAGAAAUAGGAAGCCCAGAUGGUAGUACCACUGAAAUGGGAAUAAAACUUAAUGAGGGAAAUAUCAGUGGUCCAUCCACUGGUGUUCCCAAAGUGGACAUUGAAGGAACAAACAAAGAAUUCAAAAUGCCAAAAUUCAAACUGCCUGACCUGGGCCUCUCUGGACCUACUUUUAGUGGUCCAGAAUGUAAGAUUGAGACACCAGAUGUAGGAAGCCCAGAUGUUCCUUCAGAUAAACUCAAUUUCAAGUAUUCCAAGAAACUGAAAAGGCCAGAUUUAAAUGUGGAUGAUCUUUCCAGUUAUGUAGAAUCACCCAAGCUUAGGCUGUCUGGGAGAUCCCCUGAGCUAGACCUAGAAAUGCCAGGUGUUAAUGUAUCACAACUUGAUCUAAAUGGACCAGACACUGACAUGCCUUCAGGUGAAGUCAAAGUGCCGCUUAAGAAACUAAAGAUUGAUCUUAAAUCUCCAGAUUUAGAUGUGGAUGCUCCAUCUGGUAAACUCACUAUGCCCAAAUUUGGGUUGUCAGGCAAAGGUGAAGCUGAUGUUGAAUUGCCUAAUCUAGGUCUCAAAACACCAAAGAUAAAAGAUGGGAUUCACACACCUCAUAUAAGUCUACCCAAAGCUGACCUCAAAGGUCAAUCUGGAAAAUACAAGGUUCCUAAGUUUGCAAUGCCCAAGUUUGAUUUACCAGACAUUCCAGUUCCAGAUUUUAAUGGAGACUUCAAGGGACCACAUGUGCAGUUGGCUGCACCACAUCUCAAAGCUGGAAUUGCAGACCCAAAUGUUGACUUAAAUGUACCCUCGGCUGACUUGGGCAUUGCAAGCCCAUCUGGAAAACUCAAAAUGCCAGGUUUUGGGUUAUCUGGCCCUAAAGUUAAAGGACCUGAAUAUGAGUUAAAAAGUCCAGACAUGGAUAUUUUUGCUCCCAAGUUUAAAGGUGGCAUCAAUUUGCCUGGUGGUGAUCUCAAAGAGCCAAAGCUAGACCUCAAUACCCCUGAUUUGGGUAUUAAUAUGCCUUCUGAUAAAUUGGACAUUGAUGCAGAUGCUCCCACUGGAAAAUUUAAAUUGCCAAAAUUUAAACUUUUUGGUACAUUGCCAAAGAAUAAAAAUAUGGAUAUCAAUGCAGGGAUGAAAACACCUGAACUAACUUUGAAAUCCCCAAAGAUAAAAGGCAUAGAUGCUCCUGACAUGAGUGUACCAAACAUGGAUCUCAAAGCUCCGAAAGCUCCAAAUUUAGACCUCCACACUCCAGAUGUAAACAUUGGUUCACCCAAAGGGAAAUUCACAAUGCCAAAGCUGAAAAUACCCAGCUUAGACCUAUCAGGUCCAAAUGGAGCAAACAUUGAUGUAGAUGCAUCUCUAAACAGCCCAGAUUUGAAUUUGCCUGAGAUGGACCUUAAAAAACCCAAACUAGAUCUUUCUAGCCCAGAUGUCAACUUACAUAUGCCCUCAGUGGUGGAAUAA